AUGGAUAUCUUUAAUUCGACAUUGCUUGAGAGUUUCGAUGUUUUGUUUACUGCCUUAUCACCACAAGAUACCCGCUCUCGAUCAACACUAUGUGGACAUUAUGCGAUGUUGAAAGUCGCCCUCUUCGAGCGCUCAGGCCGGAUAGAAGACUUGGACGAUGCAAUUACGAAGGGAAAACUUUCCAUAGACGACACUUUGGGGGAUGACCGAGUACUCCACAUUCAAUUGAAUAACCUGGCAAACAUGCUUGGUCGCCGAUAUGACGAGACCCGACAAAUUAGCGACCUAGAGGAUGCCAUACAUCUCAGUCGACGUGCAGUCCGUGGCGUACCUCUAUGCCAUAUUGAGCGACCUUCUACAUUGAGUAACUUGGGGAACAAACUCAGUCGUUUGUACAAGGAAACGGGUAACCUGCAGACUCUGGACGAAGCCAUCGACUUUGCUCGCCAAGCCAUGGAUAGUGCUCCCACCAACCACCGACAAUAUGCUCUACUAGUGCAAAAUUUGAUGAACAAGCUUGCUCUCCGAUCUGAAUACUCGAGAAGGCCGGAGGACCUGGACGAGGAACUCCAAGUAGCGCGAAGACUUGUCGAGAUUACGCCUGAAGCUUCAUCACAGCAAUUGGACGCCCUACAGUGUGUAGGAGCUCUUCUCUUACGGCGAUUUGAAUUUACGGGACAGUUGUAUGUGCUUGAGGAAGCAACACGUAUCGCACGUCGAGUUCGCAUAGCUACAACUGAUAGAAGUCCACACUUCGCCGCAAGAUUACACAAUCUUGCGAACUGUCUUUACCGACGAUCUGAGUAUUUCGCAGAGAAGGAUGAUGUUGAAGAGGCUGUUGGGCUUAUGCGACAUGCGAUUCUUCUCACAUCGAAACAGGAUUGUAUUAUGCUUUCCAACUUCUUGCCGAUGCUUCAUCUUCUUUGCAAGCUCUCCGGAGACACAAAAUGCAUGGAAGAAGCAACGGAAAUAGCACGGCAGGCCCUUCGUCAAACCCCAUAUAAUCACAAAAGUCUGGGAGGACUUAUGCAUGGGCUGGGCCAGAUUCUGCAGCUCAGGUUUCACAUUUCUGGGGAUACUAACGAUCUGGACGAAGCAAUGCAGCUCAUGAGAGAAGCCCUUGAAGGGACACAACAGGACUGUACCGACUUCUCCGAAAUCUCCACCGACCUGGUGGCCAUAUUACAGUUGAGAUACAUGCGAUUAAGAGAUGGCAAAGAUCUAGAAGAAGCAAUUGUAGUAGCUCGCAAGGCGAUUGAGAUACUACCUCAGGGAUAUCGGAAUUUCGCGACAAUGCUAAGUAACCUUAGCGAUUUGCUUGGUAGCAAGUUCGAACGUGAGAAAGAUACAGAGCUUCUAGAUGAAGCCAUACAAAUCCAACAGAGAGCCAUAGGCCUUGCACCAAAGGGAUAUCCACAUACCGGAGUGCUGCUAAACAGACUUGGAAAACAACUUCGCUAUCGGUACGAGUGUACCAAAGACUCACAAGACCUGGACCAAGCAAUUCAAGCUGCAAGGGAAGCUCUAAAGGCUACAAGAGAGACCCACCACAGCUACUCGACUGUCCUGAAAGAUCUUGGCCUUAUACUCCUAUACGGAUAUGGACGAUCGGAGGAAUUGAAAGAUCUGAAAGAAGUCAUCCACGUCCUUCAACGGGUCUGGAGUUGCAAGAAUGGCAGUCCUUUCGUCCGUAUAAUUGCUUGUAACCUACUUGUCCAUUUACUCCAUCUCGACCACGACUACGACCGCGCAUUCGAUCUCGCUGUAGAAGCUAUAAACAUGCUACCUUAUGUCCACAAGCGAUCUCUGAAUCUACAAGAUCAACAGUACGUUGUAUCCCACUUCUUCGGGCUAUCUCCCAUCGCCUGCUCCAUCGCCCUCCACAAGGGUGAAGGACCAGAUACUGCGCUGGAGUUAUUGGAAAGAGGCCGUGGAUUGAUCCUUGGUCUGUUGAUGGAAGAUCGACGAAACAUCCAAGCAUUAGAAGUCGCGCAUCCCAAGCUUUACGUGCGAUACGAAAGUCUCCGAAUUGAGACAAACAAGCCUACUGAAGGAUAUUCAAAUUGUCUUGAACGAAAUGAGGCUUUGUCAUCGCAAAUGUCAGAUAUGGAGAAACUCGACGAAUGCGUGCAGGAAAUUCGGAAGUUACCUGGAUUUGACAAAUUCCACGAGAGGAGCACUGUGAAGCAAAUGCAAGAUUGCGCGUCCGAUGGCGAUAUUAUCGUUGUAAACAUUACCCAGCUAAGAAGCGAUGCAAUCGUUGUUACUGCUCGUGGAACUAGGACAAUUUCGUUUCCUAAGCUCAGCACAGAUGAUGUUCGAAGCUGGAUGGACCAAGAUUUGACAACGACCUCGAUGAACGACAAGAAAGCUGGCCAAAAGAACAAAAUCUAUCGUCAAUUCUUGUCUUGGUUGUGGCAAGACUGUGUGAAACCGAUAAUGGAAGAACUGCACUAUGAUGCCAAAGCCUCCAUAGAUAGCCUUCCCAGAAUAUGGUGGAUUGGCACCGGAUUUGCCAAUAACUUCCCGUUCCAUGCUGCAGGAGAUUCAUCCGGUAACGUCGGUCAAUACGCAAUCUCAUCCUACACGCCGACCAUCAGAGCUCUUCGUUAUGCUCGAGAGCGCUCUGUGGCUACCGCUCCGUCCUCUGGCAUUCAAAAAGCACUCAUAGUGACCAUGCCAGAUACACCCGGUAUGAACAAACUUCCUAGAAGCAUCGUGGAGGCGCAAGAUAUCACUGCAGUAAUUGAGACUGUGGUGGAUGUCGAGGUCAUAGAACGGCCAAGUGUCGCGACUACCUUAUCAAAGCUUCAAGGUUGUAGCAUCGCCCAUUUUGCCUGUCAUGGAUUAUCUGAUGAGCAAAGUCCAGGCGCGAGUGGAUUGAUAUUACAAAGAGAGGACAAGGAGAGCAGUACCCCAAGGCAGGAUAUGUUGACGACUCAAAUGAUAUCUCUGCUUGAACUCUCGCAGGCAGAAAUAGCAUUUCUCUCUGCUUGCUACACUGCUGAUGGUAGGGCAGAUUUACUCUCAGACGAGAUGCUACACGUUGUGAGCGGAUUUCAGACGGCAGGAUUCAGACAUGUAAUUGGAUGUCUGUGGCCUUCUAAGGAUAGAGUCUGCUCGGCCAUUGCGAAGGCGUUUUAUGCCGAACUUUACCGAGAUGGCGUAAAAGGUCGAAACAAGGACAAAGCCGUGGCGAUAGCUUUACACAAGGCAGUGCAACGGGUUAGAGACAGUGAAGAGCUCCAUAAGCGACCUUUAAGUUGGGCACAGUACGUGCAUUUUGGUGUAUGA